CAUUCAAACUAAUUUUCAAAAUAACCGUAUAGUCAGAAGAAGCCCAGUUAUCUUCCUUCAAUAUACCCAUUCGUGAGGGGAGAUAGACUGUGAAAGAAAAGAGAGGAUGAACGGGGCAGUAAAGAAGAUUGCUGACGUCUCAUUCAAGGCCGGCCGGACGAUCGACUGGGAAGGAAUGGCGAGGCUUCUGGUGUCCGAUGAGGCUCGUAAGGAGUUCGCUACUCUUCGGCGUUCAUUUGAUGAGGUUAACUCCCAGCUUCAAACCAAGUUCAGCCAGGAACCCGAACCCAUAGACUGGGAGCAUUACAGGAAAGGGUUAGGUUCUCGCUUGGUGGAUAUGUACAAGGAAGCAUAUGAGAGCAUUGAAAUCCCCAAAUAUGUGGAUACAGUGACCCCCCAAUAUAAACCCAAGUUUGAUGCCUUGUUGGUAGAGCUGAAAGAAGCUGAGAAGCA